AUGGGGCGCCUGGGGCGGCUGGGCCGGCGGCCGCGGGGAGAAACGGGUGCUGGUCCCGGGGCCCUGCCCAGGGCCAUCGCGGCGUUGAGCAGAGCAUUACCUGGGGGACCCAGCCCCGAGACCUUCCGCAGGGCUAAGUUCGACCUCCCGGAGGCGGUCGCAGAGCUUUGGUCCCUGCUUUUCUCCCUCCUCUGGCUCAUUCAUCAGGAGGAUAAGGUGUACCCCAGGGGCCCUCCUGACGAUCUUGAGGGCCGGAUCCGAUUUGUAAAGUGGGUACUUCAUUGCCAUGGCUAUGGGAGACGACGUUUUUAUCAGCUUCCUGAAAUUGACUCUCAAGGGAGCUGUGAGCUAUUGCUGGCUUUCUCUUGGCUACUGGCAUACCUCAGCCUGCCAGAGCAAUUUCUGUUCCUAAGAUGUGUGCACCAGAGUGAUGGUGUCUGGAUCUCCUCGUGUAAGGACCUGGCCAGAUGCCCAGUUCCAUUGGCCCUUGGCCCUAAGGGAAGGGUAGACAUUCGUUAUAUUCAGUGGCUGCUUGGGAAACUGCGUUUCCAUUGGCGGAGCUUGUAUGCAAGCCAGCAAGAACAAUGCACCCUCCUGAAUAAGAUUCAUUUGUACACAAGAGGCUGUCAUUCUGAUCAGAGCAUUGGCCACCUCUCUGUCCCUGAAACAGAAAUCCUCAGGUUCCCGGAAAGUAGCAAGCAGUUGUUGCAGCAGUUGGAAUCAGAAAACUCACGUCUGGAAGCUUUUUUGGAGUGGAAGCAUAUGGAGUUAGUAUACUGGCAGUGGAUGGACACAGUGCUAGAUGCUAGCCCUGGAGGUAUGCCUAAUACUGGCAAGCAAGAUGUAUUUUUGCCAGAGAUCCUACAAUACUGCAGCCCUAAGUAUGUAAUUAGGGAGAUGAAUAGAGUACAGAAGAACCUCGAGGCCCUGAGAGAAAGACUUCAGGAGGUUGUCAAUCAGCAGAGAGCAGCAUGGCAUAUCAAGGUCAGCAAGUGUUCCCAGAGACUCCUAAGACCACCAGAACUAAGUACUUCUAAGAAGAAAGAAAUCCAGGAGGCCGUGGGAUAUGAGCUGACAACUCUGGACCAGGACUGUGGAGCCAAGAACUGUCCCUGUGGACUGCAGAGACUUGUGUUUAGAAAGGCAAAAGAGCCCAAUAAUAGUGGGGCCCAGUCAGUGACCAAAGUAAUCCAGUUAUUGAAGAAGGAAGAAGCUAGCCUUGAGAAAACACUCAGAAGAUUACAAGAGGAAUGUCAACAAGAGCUGGCCGUUCUGGCACAUGGACUAGAGGGGGUGAUAUGGAUUCCUCCACCAUAUCCCAGGAGGUAA